GACCGCUUGGGCAACCGCUGUCUCUCAUUCAUUCUGGAGUGCAUAGUGGAAUCAACUGAGAAAAAUCAGAUCAUGGAGGUCACAUCUCAACCUGCUGCAUUUGAACCCCAAGCCUUUCACUCGGGCUUGAUGAGCUGCUGUGACGACAUGGGUGUAUGUUGUUGUGGCCUCUUCUGUCUCCCUUGUUUGGGCUGCACCAUUGCCAGCGACAUGAAUGAGUGCUGCUUAUGCGGUUUAGGCAUGCCGAUCCGAAGUGUAUACAGGACUAAAUACAACAUACCAGGAUCCAUGUGUAAUGACUGGGUGGUCACGUACUUCUGCUUAGGUUGUGCAGCCUGCCAAAUGAAGAGAGACAUCAAAAUAAGGAAGAGUAAUGGAACACUGAAACCAUGAGAAGUGAAAAAGGAGCAUCUACGCUAUGGCGAGUCCUUACGUAUCGCUCUAAGGGAAUUAAAUGUUAAAGGAAGUUGAAGUUAAUCAUUUGAAAUGUAAUGAAAAUGUCUAUCAUAAGUUCCAUAAGUUCAAAACAUUGCAGUUUCCAUUCAGUAAGUUUGGAGGGUUUAUUUCACCCAGAAUGCUCAUGC